AUGCUAGGUUAUGUCCAAGGCCAGGGAGCCACAACCAGUGCACAAGAGUCUGCGGCGGGUCACUCUGGCCUCGCGGCCGUCGCUUCUGCCUCCGCGCCUAGUCAGCCGGUUGCUGCACCAUGUGUUACUACAGCAGCAGCGGGGCAGCCAGGUGUCGCUGAGGGUUCUCUUCCAGCUGCAGCGGCGCAGCCAGGUGCACCUGCUGGUGCUCUUCUAUCUGCUCAAGGUGCAGCCGCCGGUGUUCCGGCAGCAGCCGCGGGUCCGCGAGGUGCAGCAGCCAGUGUUCCUACAACAGCAUCGGUUCAUCCAGGUGCUGCAGCCGUUGCUCCGACGACAGCUGUGGUUCAGCCAAGAAAUGAUACCUGGGAUAUAGGGGGACCGCACACGGAUCUCACCACAUUUCAUCCAGGUGUGCUGGUCCAGGGUGCUGUACGGUCGGAAGCGGCCUAUGAGACUGCAAGGGCAGCUGUUGUUCAAACGGGUUCCUCUGCUUGGUCCUCAGGCGAGCAGUUUUUUGCUCCCUCUGCCUUUCCAUCCGCGAUGCAUUUCCAGGGAGCACAACCACCAUGUGCGGUAGGGUAUGCUCCACAUGCAGGUGGUGUUCAGCCGGUCGACUCUACAGCCGCCGUGCCAUCAGGGCCGAUUGGCCAUGCUCUGCAACCUCCAAACGUGCUUUACCUCGGUUCUGGACAGCAACACGCGUCCGUGCAACUGCCGUUCUCGUCGCAUCGCCCCCUCGUUCAUGAUUCUACAGCUUUACUCGUAUCUGAUGAGGCGCUCGACAAUGUCAGUGGCCAACGUGGGCACACAUCCGCCUCUCGUGGUCGAGCUCUAUCGAGCAUGCUCUCCGGUUUCGUGCAGGGGUCGCAAUUGGUACUGCCCUCCCCAGCUGCCUCCACAUCUAUGCCGCCCUCGACCCAAGGAGGUGAGAUCGGCGAGGAGGCCACCUCACAGGGGUUCACUGGCGUCACAAAGAAGCAGGGCAAGGACGAGUGGAUCGCAAGGAUCGUCCUGGACCGCUCAUCGCAGUCGCUGAUAGUCAUCAACAACCACUUUGGAUCCGAGGUCGAGGCGGCAAGUGUGUGUAACAACGUCAAAAUCUUUCUCAGUGUGGCAUAA